AGACUGCGUCGGGCCCGGAGUGGGCGUGGCUUACGCGUCCGCCUUUCCAGGCAGGCCUGGCGGGGUGCUGGGUUGCCAUGACGACUGUGGCUGGGUCGCGCAGACUGGGUUGGCGACUCCGGUGCGUGGAAGGCCGUGUACCUGUCGGGAGAUCGUCCGUGGUGGCUCAGUUUCCCAGUAAUACCUGGGAGCAGUAGGGAUAACAGUUUCUUGUCCUUUUUUCGCCCGGACGCCUGGCAGGCUGCGCUGCGCCGCUAGCUGACUCGGGCCUAGCCAUGGGCAGCAAGAAGAAGGAAAUUGCCCUGCAGGUCAACAUCAGCACCCAGGAACUUUGGGAGGAAAUGCUCAGUACCAAAGGACUAACUGUUGUUGAUGUCCAUCAAGGCUGGUGUGGCCCCUGCAAGCCCAUGGUGAGCCUCUUCCAGAAGAUGAGGAUCGAGGUUGGAUUGGACCUUCUGCAUUUUGCAUUAGCAGAGGCAGAUUGUCUUGAUGUCCUUGAAAAAUACAGAGGGAGAUGUGAGCCAACCUUUCUAUUUUAUGCAGGAGGAGAACUGGUGGCUGUGGUUAGAGGAGCAAACGCCCCACUCCUGCAGAAAAUCAUCCUAGACCAGCUGGAGGCUGAAAAGAAGGUGCUGGCUGAAGGCAGAGAGCGGAAAGUGAUUAAAGAUGAGGCUCUUUCUGAUGAAGAUGAAAAUGUUUCCCGGGGAAAGGACAUUGUUGAAGAUGAGGAUGUGGUUUCCUCAGAGAAGCCGUGUACUGUGGCAAUCGUUAAACCCGACGCAGUGGCCCAUGGAAAGACCGAUGAGAUUAUCAUGAAGAUCCAGGAAGCUGGGUUUGACAUUUUAACAAGUGAAGAGAGAACUAUGACAGAGGCAGAAAUGAGACUUUUCUACCAACACAGAGCUGGAGAGGAGGCAUUUGAGAAGCUGGUUCAUCACAUGUGCAGUGGACCAAGCCACCUCCUGAUCCUCACUAGGACUGAGGGCGCCGAGGACGUGGUCACUGCCUGGCAAACUCUCAUGGGGCCUUGUGACCCCAGUGUGGCCAGAAGGGAGCAGCCUGAAAGUCUCCGUGCUCAGUACGGCACAGAAAUGCCCUUUAAUGCUGUCCAUGGAAGCCAGGACGGAGAAGCCGCCCACAGGGAACUGGCAUUGCUCUUCCCCAAUUUGAAGUUUUUAGACAAAGAAGCCCCUCAGGGCGGUGAGGAUGAAGGAGCGGCGGGCCCCACUGAAGGGCUUGGCAUCCCUGAGGAUGAGGAUUGAGCUGGCUGGGCUGCUUCUCCUGGAGCAUGUGACCAGGGUGAAAGGGCAGUGCACUCAGGUCUGCUGCACAGAAGGGACCUCCCCAAUUGGAACAACAGUACUUUUUUGGUUUAAUUAUCUUUCAUGGACAAUGAACUCCUGCCUUAUUAAACAGUAUAUAGAACACACGCUUUUUUUUUCCCUGUCUCUAGGAUUUUACAAAA